AGUGUGAAGUGUGUAACAGGAAGCUGUUGAAUUUCAUCUGAGCAAGGUAAAGAACUACAAAUCUCAAUGAAAUCUUUUUGUACUCUUUAAACAAAGAGCAAGGACAGGUCGGGUUUAUCGCAGUGGCCCAGUGAGUCAUUUCAUCUGCAGAAGAUGUUGAGGAUCACUCUGUGGUUGUAUGUAGGAGUGUUUGUGUGGGGGUCUGUGUCCUGCUCCAUCAAAUGUCCUGAUGGGGCUGUCUGCCCCGAUAGCAGCACCUGCUGCUGGACCCCUCAGGGAUAUAGCUGCUGUCCAUAUCCAAAGGCUGUGUGCUGCGCUGACAAGGCCCACUGUUGCCCUCAAGGACGUCGCUGUAACCUGGCCAAACAGACGUGCGAGAAAGCCGACCAGCCAUGGAUGAACAUACCCAUGGUGAAGAGGGAGCCUGCACAGGAGCCUGCACAGGAGCCUGCACAGGAGCCAAGCACCCCUGAACUCGCUGUGACCCCUCUGCAAGAGUCCAGCAACGUCCCAGAACAGGUUGAGAGUUCAGUUGUCCGCUGUGACAGCGUCUACGUAUGUCCGGAUAGGACUACCUGCUGCAGACACCCUACAGGUGUCUGGUUCUGUUGUGGCUACACUUAUGGUAAGUGUUGUCUGGACGGCUACCACUGUUGUCCUCUUGGCUACGACUGUGACCUCACUUACACCCACUGUCUGAGGCGCGACCUGAAGUAUCUGUCCCGCCCUAAACCGGCCCUGACUUCAGUCCCUGCCUCUUUCCUUCCAACGUCGGAUAUGGACCACAGCGAGACAGAGAAGCCGCUGACAGCUCUUGUAGUAGCCAGCAGCAGCAGCAGCAGCAGCAGCAGCAGCAGCAGUCUGGAGCAUGGAGUCAUUCGCUGUGAUUCCAAUUUUUACUGCCCCGCUAAGACAACUUGCUGCAAGGGACUCAGUGACCAAUGGACCUGCUGCCCCUACCGACUGGGGACCUGCUGUGCAGAUGGUAAACACUGCUGUCAGUACGGAUAUACCUGCGACGCCACCAGCUCCACCUGCAGAAAAAUCUAGGUCACCUGAGGACCACAGGGACACUUUUUUUUAAUUCUUUUUGGAGCAGAUUAUGUCAUGCUUUAUUACCUUAUUGAACACUCAAUCUGAAUAGAUAUCAAAUAACAUUUGUUUCACGUAAAGAUUAUUAAUGGAAAAAUGAUGCGCUUGAUUGCACCUAAAAUGCACUAUUUUCCUCUAAUCAGAGCAGCUGAACAGAAGCUCCAGCACAGUUUGUGAACAUCUUGAGAAUUUAUUUUAUAUACAAUGUAUUCUGUACCAAUAAAUAAAGACCUUUGUCAGAACAAGU